AUGGUCAGCCAGAUCUUGGGUCCCGAGGCGGAGUUCCGGGAGACGGCAAACCGGCCCGUGUGCGACAGCCAGGGUGCUGCAACUCCGACUUCGGAUCCGACGGUGGCGGCGUCAGCGCCAGACCCCCCCUUCGCCACGGUACCGACGUGCCCGGCGCCGACAUGUAGCUGCGCACCCACGCCGCCGGGUCUCGACAUUGACCACACGAGCCCCCUCAACGGCGUCAUCUCGGGGUACGCGGAGCAAGUGCUCGUGUGCACGGGGCGCGACGACUGGGCGUCGCGUAUCGAGGAGGAGGAUAGCGGCGACAACCUCGCCGCCGACCUGAAGGAGCUCUUUGGCAGGGGCGGGGCCUACAGCGAUCCCUUUCACAACGUCUCGGUGCUCAACGCGUCGUUUCCGUCGUCAACGCCCCGCCGCAGGGCCGAGCUCCAGACCACGUCGGCCUACCUGCUCCCCAGCUUCAAGUAUGUGCCCUUCCUGCCGCGCGUGUCCUUUGAGAGCGUCCAGGCGCUGGCCAAGGGCUACCUCCUGCCCGAGGCCCUGCAUCCCGUGCACGACGGCCUGUCGCCGGUGCACCGCGACCGCUUGCUGCGGAAGGAGGCCUACCGCGAGAUGCUGUACGGCGUGCAGGACGUGCAGGACGUCCUCGUGCUCAUCUGCGGCCAUGGCGGGCGGGAUGCGCGGUGUGGUAUCACAGGGCCCGUGCUGCGGAGCGAAUUCGAGACGCAGCUCGACGCGGCCGACGUGCAUGUCCUGAAGGGGGAGGUCGAGGGCGACGUCGAGGAGAACCAGGGGCGGAGGCUCGAGGAGGGGGCCACUGCGCGCGACGGCGGCGGCGAGGGGGCGCCACAGAGGGGUGCGGCAGCGGCGCGAGUCGGCCUCAUUAGCCAUAUUGGCGGCCACAAAUUUGCCGGCAACGUCAUCGUCUACGUGCCGCCGGGUAUGAAGGCGCAGGACGGGACCGAGCAUGGCCUUGCGGGCAAGGGCAUCUGGUACGGUCGCGUGGAGCCGCGGCACGUCGAGGGCAUCGUCAAGGAGACCAUCCUGGGGGGGCGUGUCAUUGCUGACAUGUUCCGCGGCGGCAUCGAUCAGCAGAGGAAGAUCCUCAGGAUGUAG